GGCUCAGAAACUGUCACAUUUCCGUGUGAAAGAUGGCUUGCAAAGUCUGAAGAUGAUGGCGAGAUUGUCAGAGAACUGGUACCAUCUGAUAUUUUUACUGAAAAGCUCAUGAAGGACGGGACACUCAAGCAGAUAGAGGAAGAAGUUGAAGACCCAUUGGAAGUUCACACGUACAAGAUAAGCGUGUUCACUGGAGAUAUCUAUGGUGCUGGGACAGAUGCUAAUGUUUUCCUAAAUAUCUAUGGGGAUCUGGGGGACACAGGAGAGAGAAAACUCAGCAAAUCUGAAACAAACUUCAACAAGUUUGAAAGAGGACAGGAGGAUACAUUUACUAUACAGGCUGUGGACCUUGGCAUUUUGUACAAGAUCAAGAUUCGUCAUGACAAUAGCAUGUUCAGUCCUGACUGGUUCCUGGAAAAAGUAGAGAUCCUGGAUGAGACCACAGAGGAGUCUUUCAUUUUCCUGUGUGAGCGCUGGCUCUCUAAAAAGAAAGAGGACAAAAAAAUAGAGCGUAUACUUUAUGAACAGAGCUAUGAUGGCGAGCGAAACAGCCUGGAUGGCUCAUCUCUCAGCCUGUCGAGCCAGGAUAGCAAUGCAAACCUGAAGGAGAUGAAGAAAUCCAGCUUGGUCAAGGCGGCAGAAGAAGGAUCAUUGAUCCCAUACCACAUCACCGUCACGACGGGCACAGAAUAUGACUCCAGCACCGACAGCCGAGUGUACAUCAUCAUCGUGGGCCCUCAGAAAGUGCAGACGGAGAGGCUGUGGCUGGAUCUCCCAGAAGGAAAAGAUGAGUUUGCGGAUGGCUCCGUAGAGAAAUUCUCUGUUUGGGGCCUAGAUGUUGGAGAGAUCAAAAAAGUGGAGGUGGGACACGACGGCGCUACUCCUGAGAGCUGCUGGCUGAUGGAAGAGCUCACCAUUGUCGUGCCCACCAAAGGCGUCAUGUAUAACUUUGUCUGUAAGUGCUGGCUGGCCAGAGACAAAGGUGAUGGACUAACCUCACGAAUCCUCAAUAUCCUGGAUGCAGACUGUGUUAACAUUGGCCUCAAGAUCCUCUACGAAGUCACAGUUGUGACUGGAGACAUCGAAAGCGGCGGUACCGACACCAGUAUUUUCAUGACUGUCUUUGGAUCCAAUGGGAACACUGAGGAGAUGCAGCUCGAAAAAAACGGAGACAGGUUUGAGCGAGGCCAAGAGGACAGUUUCAUUAUGGAGAUCGCCGAUAUUGCACCCCUCAGGAAGAUGAGGAUUCGGACGGACGGGAAGGGGACUCGCCCGCACUGGUUCCUGGAAAGGAUCACCCUGAAGAACCUGACUAAUCAAGAAGUGGCCAUAUUUACUUAUGGUGAAUGGCUGUCAAAGAUGAAAAAUGCCAAGGGAAGUCUUGUGUGUGAGAUGCCAGCGGUCAUAAAUGAUGAGCAGAUGAUGGAGGACACAACAUACACUCUUCAGGUUAAAACCAGUGAUGUUGGAGGAGCGGGCACCGAUGCCAACGUGUCCUUGAUCCUGUUUGGGGAGAACGGGGACAGCGGGACGCUGGCUCUGAAGGACUCCAACAAGUCUAACAAGUUUGAGAGGAACCAGAUGGACGAAUUCAACUUCUCGGACAUGCUGAGCCUGGGAGAUCUCUGUAAAGUGCGGAUCUGGCAUGACAACAAAGGAAUCGCACCAGGUUGGCACUUGGAGUAUAUUGACGUGAAGGACUGCGCCAUGGACAAGACAUUCCGCUUCCAGUGUGAUCGCUGGCUGGCUAAAGGUGAAGAUGAUGGGCAGCUCAUAAGGGAACUGGCUUGUGCCAAUAAUGACAUCCUGGAACUGAAGGAACGGACUGCCUAUGAGAUUGUCACAGUAACAAGCGACAGAGAGGAUGCAGAAACAAAGGAAAACAUCUGGAUCAUCUUAGAAGGAAAGCUGGGCCGCUCGAAAGAAUUCCUUAUGGAGAACUCCUCCAAGAAAAGGAGAUUUGAAAGGGGAGCAACAGACACAUUUCAGUUUUCUUCAAAGAAUGUUGGUGAUAUUGCAGCCAUCUGUGUUGGUCACUGCCCAAAAGAUGGAAAGAAGUCAUCUGCAAAAGCUGAUGUCUUCUGGCAUGUCCAAGAGAUUAUCGUAACGGAGACGGAGCUUUGCAACAAAUACUUUUUCAGGUGCAAUGUGAAAAUCCCUCUGCGUUACAAGAGACGGGACUACAAAGUCUUUGAGUGUGCCAAGGUCACCGAGAGCUUUGCCAGCAAAGCCCGGAGCUUGGUGCCAGUCAAAUAUGAGACCAUCGUGGUCACAGGCUUUGAAAAGGGAGCGGGGACUGACGCCAACGUGUUCAUCACCAUCUUCGGGUUGAACGGGGACUCGGGAAAGCGGGCGCUGAAGCAAAAGUUCAGGAACCUCUUUGAGCGGGGCAAAACCAACAGGUUUUACCUGGAGACACUGGACAUGGGGGAGCUAAAAAAAGUCCGGAUUGAGCACGACAACAGUGGCCUGGCGCCAGGCUGGCUGGUGGAGCGGGUGGAGAUCACCAACUCGGCCACCGGCGUGACCACCAUAUUUCCCUGCGGGAAGUGGCUGGAUGAAAACCGGGGCGAUGGGUUAAUCUGGAGGGAGCUUUUUCCUAGGUACUGA